UUGACCAAACCAAAAUCCCAUUCAUCCCCGUCCUCGGCUCGAUCGAAAGAAAUACACGCCAGAAUGGGACUCCUCUCGUUCGUGUUUGGAGGCUUAGGGUUCAUUCUCAUCGGCGCUCACGAAGCCCUUCUUCACUCUUCUCCUUCUUCCCAAAACAAGAAAACCAAAACCCUCUUCUCGAUCUCUCUGGUCCUCUUCUCCUCUUUCUUCAUCCUCAACUCCACGCUAUCCCUCUUCGACGCGCACAGCUCAAACGACGCCGUUGGCGCCGCGCUCCAGCUGCAAGUCCUAUCCAUCGCGUUCGUCUUCCUCUUCUACUCCCUCCUCCCCCUCCUCAGCCUCAGCUUCACUCUCCCCUCUCCGCUCCUAAACCUCGUCGGCGCGUUCGCCUUCGCCGAAGAGUUUCUCUUGUUCUACCUCCAGCGCAAGGACCCCAGUGGCGUCGAGAAUCGUUACUACGAUCUCCUGCUGGUGCCCAUCGCCGUGUGCGUGUUCUGCACGGUUCUGGAGCUGGGAUCGCCGCGCUCCGGCGUCGUCGCCAAAUUGGGCCGCGGCGUGGGCCUCGUUCUCCAGGGGACCUGGCUCAUCCAGAUUGGCCUCUCACUGUUCUCGGGCUGGGUCGCGCAGGGUUGUGAUUUGCAUCAUGUGAGUAGGGGAAACUACACGUUGAGGUGUAAGGGGCACUCUGAGUAUCACAGGGCGAGGGCUAUCGCCACGCUUCAGUUCAAUUGCCACCUCGCGCUCUUGGUGGUGCUCGUGGUUGGUUGCUUCUCAGUUAUUACAUCCAGAAAUGGAGGAGGAGGAGUCUUCCUUGACAAUUUUAAUGUUUCCACGCGGUAUGCGCCCCUCGGUGGCGCUGAAUUGCAGCGGUUUGAGCACUCACCAAACUUCACUCUGAACUCUGAUGACGAUGGUGAUGAUCACACACCAGAGGAUGACAAUGUGGGGAACAAGAAGGUGGUUGUUGUGGAGCAUGCUGUUAAUGGUAAUGGCGUAUUGCCUCACACCACUGAGUGAAUCAUGUUAUGUUAAGAGAACAAUAGUUCAAAUUGUAUAAAGGGGCCGGUUUGUAUUGAUUGUUUUUGCUGUUUGCUGUGUCUUGUGUUUGGCAUGAUAAAAUAGUACAAUGUGCCGUAAAUUGCUUUGGAUUGAAUUAUGCAAUUCGGUGUUGUUGUGAUUCAGAGUUCUUUAUAGAGCAUGUACGGUCUUAUUUGGAUUUGAAUUUUGUUUGGAAUUUGGGACUUGGUUGCCAUCAAUGUAAACUUGUUUAGAAAUGAAGUAGUAUGUUCUGGAGAGAGUAGUAUAAUGAAGUUCUUUGUGGGAGACUUACUGUGUUCCGUGUGCUAUUUUCCGAGUUGUAUGUAGUUGUCAUUGGAAUUGUUCUGCUUAUUAUUGUAUUGGGUUUGUUUGAUUCAUUAUAAUGAUCUUUUUAUGUUUA